AUGUGGCUUCUCGGACUCGUUCUGGCUGUCACAACGGCACAAGGCAUCUACGGCCCGAUCGCAAUCUACAACAAUUCCGGCCCGCAUCCUACUAAAAUCAUCUUCGACACUGAUGGCGUGGCCGACGACAUGAGGGCUUUGACCUUGGCGCUGCGAACGUCAACCGUACAGGUGAUCGCCAUCACGGCUAGCCAUGGAACUAUGCAGGGAGACCAGGUCAUCGCCAACAUCAACCGAGUGCUCAGGGCGAAUAAUAUCACGAAUGUUCCCAUCUAUAAAGGCGCGCGUGGCCCGCUCCUCGUCGACAACUCGGCCAAGGACCCGUAUUUCAACGGGCUAGAUGGACUUGGCGAUCGACCGGAUGCUGAGCCGGCGGCUCGGGCCAACGACUCGCAAAUCUACGAAAAGAAUAUCACCGCAGCAGAGGCUUUUGUAACAUUAACAAAAGCUCAUCAGGAUGUGACAAUUGUUGCCACGGGAUCUCUCACGAACAUUGCCCUGGCGCUGAAGCUGGAUCCCGACUUUGCGCUGAGGCCCCAGAAGCUCGUCAUUAUGGGCGGAAAUUAUCUCGGUAUCGGCAACUCCUACUCUGGCCAAUCGACCGAAUGGAAUUUUGCCCUGGAUCCGGAAGCGGCAUCUAUCGUCCUGGCCGAAAUGCGCAUCCCAGUUACAGUAAUCCCCUGGGAAGCGUAUUAUAUCGAGGGGCAAAAGUACGCGAAAUCUGUCAACUACACAACCCAUCUCACCCUUGGCACCCCGUUGGCGAAUUUUUUCACGGCCAUCACCGAGAAGGGCCGAAAAUCGCUGGCUGAAACCGGGAGUGAAAUGGCCUACGUCGACGAGAUCGCAAUGGCUGUUGCGAUCAAUGAAACCGCGAUGGUGACGGAUUGCAAAAAUUUGCGCGUCCAUGUGGAGCUGGCCGGAAAAGGCCAAGUCGUUCCUGAUUGGGUGACGAGAAAUUUCGUGGAGGAUACCGAUCAGGCCACAACUCUGAGCUACAUCCGCUUUGUCACAGCCUACAACGCCACGCUGCUAAACGAGUGGAUGAUUAAGGCUUUUUCU